AUGUCUGUCAAUACACAGCAGGCCUUUCAGAGGGUGAUCAAUAUGCAAAGAGAACAUGGGUUUUUCAUUGUUGCAUUGAUGGAACCAUUUCAGAAUUGUAGACAUAUUCAGAGAUACAGAAUAAGGUUAGGUAUGGAUGCUGUUAUGUCAAAUAUUAAUGGUAAAAUUUGGUUGUUGUUUGAUGUUGUGAUUGAAUGGGAGGAUAGCCUGUAUUACUUGGCAAGUGAUAUGGAACUUCCUUGGAUAGUUGGAGGAGACUUUAAUUUUGUAAUGAGUGAAGCUGAAAAGUUAGGUGGUCUACCAGUAUAUCUACCUGAGUAUGAAGAUUUUGUCUUUUGUGUGAACUCUUGUAGACUGUUUGAUCUUGGAUAUAAAGGCAUCCCCUUCACUUGGUGGAAUGGUAAACCAAAUUCUGAAUGCAUCUUCAAAAGGCUGGACAGGAUCUUUAUAGAUAUUAGAGAGGAUAUUGUCAGAGUGAAGGAGAUGUUAUUUGAAGACGAUCCAACCAUUGAGAAUAGGAUUGUCCUCCAAAAGGCACAAGAUGAAUUGACGAAGUAUAUUAGCAUUGGGGAGCAGUAUUGGAAGCAAAAAGAAAGUAUGAACUGGUUUGCUGAAGGUGAUAGGAACACAAGUUUUUUUCACAACCAUGUGAAUGGCAAGAGGCAGAAAUUGCAGCUCAAAAGAAUCCAUAAUGGAGAUGGUGGUUGGUUGGAGUCUCAAGUUCUUAUGGCUGAUGCUGUAGUAGAUAUUUUCAAAAAAUAUUUCACACAUGAAGGGGAUCCUACAAGCUUUGAAUUACUUAAUAAUGUGAACAAUAUGGUGACUAUGGAUCAAAACUUGGAGCUUUGUAAAUUUCCUACAAUCGAAGAAGUCAAGGGUGCAGAUUUUGCAUUAAGUGGAGAUAGUGCCAGUGGCCCUGAUGGUUUUACUGGAUUGUUUUAUCAACAAUGUUGGGACAUUGUAGGGUAG